AGGCUGGACGUGAUACCGGAGGCACGAUGUACCGGCUGACUCUGAUUUCUCUUUGUCUCUUGGCAGGCGUAGCGGGGUCCCUUGCCGUGCCCACCAAACUAGAGUCGACCAAAGAGGCGACUCAACCGAAAAUCACCUACAGCAAAGAGACGCUCACCCAAGAUGGCGAAGACGUGAAGCUGGAUUGCGCCGUCGUGGGGGUCGAUCUCGCUGGUGUCGAGGACUUCGGCGUUUCCUGGAGUAAGAUCGACGACGAAAACCCGACCAACUCGUACCCGAUCUCAGCCAAUGACAAGAUCCUCCUCUUCAGUAGCAAGUACACGAUCGACCACCCUGCCGACUCCUACCAGUACUCUCUCGUUAUCAAGGAAGUUAGUGAUGAAGACACAGGCAAGUACCGUUGCACCGUGAACUUCGGAGGCGAGCAGAAGAUCAACGCGGAGGUUCCUGUGCACAUUCAGAGAUCCCCCUUUUUCACCGAUGAUUUUACCAAGACGCUUACGGUCACUGAGGGCGACGCCAUCAGCAUUGACUGCCAGCCCGGAGGAUGGCCCAAGCCCGACGUCUACUGGGAGCGCCUUGGCCAGGAACUGCCCUACUAUGGCGGUAAAUUCUUCAAGUCUAACCAACUGGACAUUCCGUUGAUCGAGCGUGACCAUGAGGGACACUACGUCUGUUAUGCGGACAACAACAUCGGAGAUCCUGCUAAUUCCCACAUCAUCCUUGAGGUCCAAUUCGCACCUGAAGUCAUUGUCGAAGAGAAACAGGUCUUUGCCUCCCCGAGUGAGCCAGUCAAGAUGGCCUGCACCGUGUUCGCCAAGCCCGCUGCUGACAUCGCCUGGUACAAGGAUGACCAGGCUAUUCUCGGAGGAGCCAACAUGAAAAUUAGCAAGAUUGAACUAGAAGAAGGCAAGGGAUUCACCACAACCCUGUCCAUCGGCGAAACCUCAGCGGAGAACUUCGGAAGCUACUCCUGCAGAGCCGUGAACGUGAUUGGCAAGACUGAGCAGAACAUCGAAGUCAGGAUGAAGUCCGCCCCCCUGAUCGUGAAGCAGUCGCGCUCAGAGGUGCUCUACGACCUGGAGAAGACGAAGCUUCGCGACGCCCUCCCGGUGGUGAUCGAGUGCGAGGCCGAGGGCAACCCGACCCCCGACUUCCGCUGGACCAAGGACGGUGCGCAGCUGGUGUGGCAGGCCGACCCCCGGUUUGAGCUCGAGGAUGGCACCGGCAACCUGCUCAUCUCCGACCCGACCAUGGACGACAACGGCCUCUACCAGUGCUUCGCCUACAACGAGCUCGGCACCGCCGUCGGCGACCCCGUCUACCUCCUCAACACCACCAGGAUCGAGUUCUCAAACAACAAGGACGACACGGAUUUGUACCCGGUCGAGGCCGAGAUCGGGCGUCCCUACAAGCUGUCGUGCCCCAAGGCCACCGCGUACCCGAAGCCCAGCCUGAACUGGGUCAAGGCCAUCACCCACGAGGCCCAGAUCGAGUUGGAGUUCGUGAGCGACGAGCGCAUCGUGGCCGACCCCGACGGCAACCUGUGGUUCACGCACGUCAUGGAGGAGGACGCCACCGGAGACAAGUUCAAGUACAUGUGCCUCGGCUCCACGGAGUUCGAGCCCACCGACUACUCCAUCGCCUCCAUGAUCGAGCUCACCGUCGUCAAGCCGGCUGACGGAAACGUCAAUUCCGAGGAGCAGUCCGUUAACGUCGAGUCCUUCAGGAUGUACACGUCGCCGGAGACGGUCACCUUCCAGGCUGAGCAGGAGAACACGCUCUGGUGCAUCUACGGCGGCGAACCCGUCCCCUCCGUGGAGUGGCGCCGCACCGACGGUAAGACCUUGGACAAGGAGCGGUUCCUGACGCGCAACUUCGGCCGCACGCUCGUCUUCAAGGACACCAUGCUCAACGACGCCGGCGAGUACGAGUGCAGAGCCGGUAAUGGCGUCGGAGAUUUCAAAUCGACCAAAAUCCAAGUCGAUGUAGAGCUGAAGCCCACCUUCAGGAGCGAGCUGGCCUCCCAGACGGUGCGGGAGGGCGCCACCGUCACCUUCACGUGCGACGCAGAGGCCACUGGGGAUGUCAUGUACAACUGGAUCUUUAAUGGCCGCGUCAUGUCCAAGGAUGGUCACCAUCGCCGCACGCUCACCGGGAAUAAGCUCACCAUCAACGACGUUUCCAUGGUUGACGUUGGCAACUAUGCCUGCAACGCCACCAGCGACACUGGCUAUGCUUACGGCCAGGCUAUCCUCAAUGUUAUCCCCGUGGACCGCAGUGCAGGCGGCGGCGGCGGCUCAUGCAGUGACGUCACCGAACUGAAGAAGGAGAUCUCCGCCCUCCGCGAGACUGUGGGCACGAUGCACAACCUGCUGCAGGAGCACUUCACCCUCACGCAGCACAACCACGAGAAACUCCACAAGAUCGCCGAGAACAUGGGCGUCCCUGAGAUCAUCCAGCACGACAUGGCACCGGAGGAGGAAAUGCCAAUGGGCGAGGCCGUGGAGAAGGCCGAGGAGGAGAUGACGACAGAGGAAACCGCCAGCGCUUGAACGGCCGCGGGAAGCGAUGGCCGGUUCUGAAACUUUUUUUUUUUUUUCAAUAUUUGUAUGUAUGUGUGUGACACCUGUUAGCAGGUCGGUUAUUUUGUCGUUUGUGUAAGCUUUUUUGUGGAUUGGCAAACAAGAUAACUGUCUUUUUGUUAUAUAUAUGCAUAUACAUUAGGGAACACUUUUUACUAUGUCAAAUAGAUUAUUUGAUGAAUUGUGGUCCGCGAAAAUAUAUAUACCGGUGGCCCUCAUGAGAUUGGCUCUGGCGCUUUGCAUGGCCAGAGUGCAGUCGCUCAGCCACAGUUAGUAGUUGUAACUUAGGGCAUUCUGUGCAAUACAUAUAUUGUCAUGUUCCAAAUACAUUUUAAGAGGUACA